CCCAGCCCCAGCCCCAUGGCUGCAGCGGAGGAAGGGCCCGGCUGCUUCCUCCCCCGGGCCAGGUCGCAGAGUGACCCCAGCAUCCUGACGGACCCUGCGGGCUCCGGCGGCGGAGAGCAUCCAGAUGAGAUGGAGCAGUCCCCGGCAAUGCGUUCUGACUAUCUGGUCUCAGGGAUUAGAACUCCACCAGUGAGAAGGAACAGCAAGUUGGCAACACUGGGCAGGAUCUUCAAACCGUGGAAGUGGAGGAAAAAGAAAAAUGAGAAGCUAAAGCAGACAUCGGCAGUGUUAGAGAAGAAGAUUACAGCAAGGCAAGGUCGGGAUGAACUCAUUAAGAAAGGUCUUCUGGAGAUGAUGGAACAAGAUGCCGAAGGCAAAGCUUGCACUGCUGAUGGUGCCACCAGAGCAAUGCUGAGUGACCUUCCACCUCCCACAUGCCAGGCACUUACCUCAGAAGAGAUGCAGCAGGAAAAUACAACAGCAACAACAAAUGCGACCUCACUUGGAGAGGAGUUGCAGUCAGAGGAGCUGAAAGAGGAUGCAGCCAAGAAACCUUCAGCAUCCACUGAAGACUUAGAAGAUGCCAGCCUGCCAGCAACCGAAGAGAAUCCACAAGCCUUACUUGUUACUGAAUCUGCGGAUUCCCCACAGAAACAGACAGAAAGAAACCCAGCACAGCUUCCCAGCCCCCCAUUGCUCCCGAUUCCUCCACCUAAGGCAGUGUCUAAAAUCACUAAAAGUGUAACAGAAGGAAGUGAAAUAGAUGACCCAGUUGUGAAAUCCCCUCCUUCCACUAUCCUGAAGAAUUAUGUCAUCGUUGGUUCCUCCCAAAUCUCAGGACAAGCUGCCCUCUUCCAUCCUUCUGGCCAGAAAGGCUCCGAUUCCCUUAUCAGAGGACAGCACCCAACGCCAACUGGCUCCCCUCACCUUGCUGCCGUCCACCUGCCUUUACCUCCCAGCAGAGUCAUUGAGGAACUCCACAGGGCUCUGGCCACUAAACAUCGGCAGGAUAGCUUUCAUGGAAGGGAAAGCAAAGGGUCUCCAAAAAAGAGGGUGGAUGUCCGUCCAUCCAGAACAUCUAGCAUUGAGUGCAACAAAGAAAAGGAGAAUUCACUGAGCCAUGGCAACGAUCCAGAGAACAAGUGGAACUCAGUUAAAGAGUCGGAUGAGAACAAAGAAAACAUGAUCAUGAACUCGGAACUCAAGGACGACUCUGUAUUUUAUCAGGAUGAAGAGGUUUUGAAUGACUCCAUUAUUUCUGGUACCUUGCCAAGAAAAUGCAAGAAAGAGCUGCUGGCAGUCAAGCUACGAAACAGGCCAAGCAAGCAGGAGCUGGAGGACAGGAAUAUUUUCCCAAGGCGGACAGAUGAGGAGCGACAGGAGAUCCGGCAGCAAAUUGAAAUGAAACUCUCAAAGCGACUGAGCCAAAGACCUGCUGUGGAGGAGCUAGAAAGAAGAAAUAUACUUAAACAAAGAAAUGAUCAAACAGAACAGGAAGAAAGAAGGGAAAUCAAGCAGAGAUUGACAAGAAAGCUCAAUCAGAGACCGACAGUCGAUGAACUAAGAGACAGAAAAAUCUUAAUUCGAUUCAGUGAUUAUGUGGAAGUGGCAAAAGCACAAGACUAUGAUAGACGAGCAGAUAAACCUUGGACAAGACUGUCAGCAGCAGAUAAGGCAGCAAUUCGUAAAGAGCUAAAUGAAUACAAAAGUAAUGAAAUGGAAGUACAUGCAUCAAGCAAGCAUUUGACAAGAUUUCACAGACCAUAGAGAUUUUCUUCUGAGAAGAAUGUCUUUACUUUUUGAUACUGCCGCUGAACACACAUAAGGGAAUGUAAAAAGGUCUUUCCCUGAAGUUCAGUUCAUGACAACCUGAUGUUUAUGGGAAAGAAGGACUCUGCAGGUGAAGAUUCUGCAGCACUUACAUAACAAGAGGAGAUACCAGAGGACGUACUUCACUCUUUGAUGCCUAAAAAGUGACGGCCUGUGGGGUGGGAGGAUCAGCUAAAAGAUUGAAGUAAAACUACUUGAAGGAACCUACUGCUCUCCUUGAAACACUUGUUUUAAACUGUUUUGCAGCAUAUCUUGGAAAAGGAGAUGUUGUGCAUGUACAGGCUUUCCCAUUCCAAGGCCGCCGACAUAAUGGACAUGACACGCUGUCAUUCAGUAUUAUGUUGACAAGACAUUUGGAACUUCUCAAAAUUCGUUUGUAAAAUCCUUAAGUUCAUGUUAUACAAAAUGAUUUAAUGUAUUAUAAUUUCUUUCUUUUUUAUAUAAUGUCUAACAAAAACACAGCUGCAGCAUUUUUGAUUCUUGUUAAUUUUGUUCUUUAAUUAAAUGACUACUUAUUGCAGGAAAUGAGCACGGUGCUUUUAAAGUUCUUUUUUCAGGCUGGGCUACUAACAGAGGUGGACUGAGCCAUCUCCUGUUGCUCCUUCACAGAAGUCCAGAGCAGGUUAUUCAUUGUACUGUGGUAACUGUACACAAUGAAUUCUCAUUCACAGGAAUGGGAAUUAUGAACGCAUGCCAUACAUUGAGAGGAUAUACAAUAGAAACCGUUGCUAGCUAUAAUGGAUGCCAUCAGCAUCUGGACCUUUGCAGAAAUGGGGCCCACAGCAUAGCUAAGCACCUGCUAAAGAGUUCAUCUUAAUAUCCACCUAGAUUUAAUUUUGCAGAAUCUUUACAUUUUGGUUACAUAUAUGUAAUUCUGAGUCCUUGCACCACCACAACAGCUUGAUCCAAAGAUCUGCACAUUUAAAUACGUAAUUUUAGAAUGCGUUGACCUCCUUAGGGGGUCAAUACCAUCACUAUCUUUCAACAUAUUUUUGUAAGUAUUAACGAACAAUUUAAUUGUCUGAUUUUUGACAAAGAAUAUAAUGAUUGAGGAUUCAUGGGUAAGGAAGUAAAACCAGCAGACAAAGAAACACUUGUUGUCUAAUUUGAGAGCAAAAAAUUAAUGAACUUUAUGGUAUGCCACAGAAGCUUCAUGGGUUAUACACAGAUUUCGAGUUGUGGUAAACAUUUUGGCAUGUACCGUUCCACAAGGUCCAUCUAGUGGAGAUGACAAGCAAGCACAUAUAUUUCGAAGAGAACCUGUGAGUGGACUUAUCCCUUGCUCAGAACUUCUCUAACUAAGAGUCAACCAAAAUUCUUUAGGCUAUCUUGACACCCACAAACUAUGUUUCAGAAUUAACUGAAUGACCUCCAAACAGUUUUCCUUUUUCUAGUUGGUGAAGCAGGUUGGUGGUGUGAGGACUUGGGUGGUAUUGGACAUGCCAGCCAUAGAAAUGUAGGUGCACUGGGAACUUGUCCCAAUGUCCUUAGGUUCUGAUGAUUGUGAAGGGUAGGCAGGACCAUGGAGUAUCUCAGUGGCACCUAAAUAUUGGAUUUACGUGCCAAAGGCCCUUUGUGGAUUUAGUCCAUGGUGGCUUUAGCCCAGUUUCCUUAUGGA